UCAAGAUGCAAGCUAAUGCUUCUUUCUUUUUUACUUUCUGGGUUUUUGAAUUUGAUUCUUGUAGCAUUCUCUACUCUUUUCCUGCACGGUUAUAAAAAAUUUGAUGGGCUGACUGUACUCUGCAUGCCCGUGCUUGUUCGUAUGUCGAAAUUUCUUGCUUUCUAAUGCAGAGACCAGCGUGAAAGAGCAUGUAAUGUAUGGUCUGUGUUGAUUGUAACGCGAAGCUAAACAGUGAAAAAACAAAGUAUUGCCCGCUUAAAUUGAUUGCUGUUUGAUGCCUAAGAGAUUAAUGACUUGAUUAUUCUGGAGAUAACCAAAAAUAGCGUACGGUGGCGCGCAAACACUCAGCGAAACAAUGGUCCGUGUAAAUACAUAGCUGAGUUCUGUGUUUUUUUCUCUUUCCUUUAGUUUUCUUGUAAUAAUCCUCAUUAACUGUCUUUGGUGGAAGUUGCUUGAUACGGUAAAAUCAAAUAAUCAGAGGACUGGAACAACGUAUCAAUGUCUACAUGGUAUCCCUAGUACCCUUAGACAUCCAUACAGUUUGUUCACGUGACAUCAAAUUAUCCUCUGGUUCUGAAAGGUUGAGUUUCCUCUGGCUGUCCAUUUAAUCUUGCAUUUUGGUCAUUUAUCGUACUCGGGGUUUUCUGUAAGACCUUCGCUUUAAAUUCAAAGGGAAAAUAUAUUUUAGCAAAAGCCUAUAUGGAUAAUAGUUUUAACUUUUAACACGCUCCCGCUGGUCUGUGCCCCCAAGUCUGUUUUGUUUUGUUUGGCUGUCUGUUAUUGGACUAAAUAUAUCAGCUUUGCAUGCUGAUGCGAGUUGCAUGAAUACAUUACCUCGGGAGUGGAUCCUAGUCGUCUUUGUUAACCCCUGAAACUGUCCUAGUUCUCUUGUUAGGUGAACUCAAAUCCCAGUAUUAAAUUAUGGGCUUACUCUGCAGCAGAAAUAGUCGAUAUAAUGAUGCUGAUGCUGAAGAAAAUGCACAGGCUGCUGAAAUUGAAAAGAGAAUAGAACAAGAAACGAAGGCUGAAAAGCAUAUUCAGAAACUUCUCCUACUUGGUGCUGGAGAGUCAGGGAAGUCUACGAUCUUUAAACAGAUAAAACUCUUGUUUCAAACUGGUUUUGAUGAGGCAGAGCUCAAGAGCUACGCCCCAGUCAUUCAUGCAAAUGUGUAUCAGACAAUAAAAAUACUGCAUGAUGGAUCAAAGGAAUUGGCUCAGAAUGAAACCGAGUCUUCAAAGUAUGUGAUAUCCAAUGAAAACAAGGAUAUUGGAGAGAAACUAUCAGAGAUAGGAGGCAGGGUGGAUUACCCACAUCUCACUAAGGAGCUUGCACAGGAAAUAGAGACCUUGUGGAAAGAUGCUGCAAUUCAGGAAACAUAUGUCCGUGGUAAUGAACUCCAAGUUCCAGAUUGUGCCAAUUAUUUUAUGGAAAAUUUGCAGAGACUGUCUGAUGCUGAUUAUGUUCCAACAAAGGAGGAUGUUCUGUAUGCUAGAGUUCGUACCACUGGUGUUGUAGAGAUCCAGUUCAGUCCAGUUGGAGAAAACAAGAAAAGUGGUGAGGUUUAUAGGCUCUUUGACGUUGGAGGCCAGAGAAAUGAGAGGAGAAAAUGGAUUCAUUUGUUUGAAGGAGUUACUGCUGUAAUAUUCUGUGCUGCUAUCAGCGAGUAUGAUCAAACACUUUUUGAGGAUGAAAACAAGAACAGAAUGAUGGAGACUAAGGAACUUUUUGAGUGGGUCCUAAAGCAGCCGUGUUUUGAGAAAACAUCCUUCAUGCUAUUUUUAAAUAAGUUUGACAUCUUCGAGAAGAAGAUCCUAAAAGUCCCACUUAAUGUUUGUGAGUGGUUCAAAGAUUACCAGCCAGUUUCCUCCGGGAAACAAGAGAUCGAGCAUGCAUACGAGUUUGUGAAGAAGAAAUUCGAGGAAUUGUAUUUCCAGAGCACGGCACCUGAUCGUGUGGAUCGCGUCUUCAAAAUUUACCGGACGACUGCCUUGGACCAGAAGCUUGUGAAGAAGACUUUCAAGCUUGUGGAUGAGUCAUUGAGGCGGAGGAAUCUGUUCGAAGCUGGCUUAUUAUAACCGAGAAACGAUAUACUGGGGGGUAUGAAGUAAUCCUCACAGUGGAAGAGGUCGUAAGAUUUUGGGUACAUUAGGGGAGAGGUAUACUAAAUAUUUAUUCCGAUUUGUUGAUUUUUAUGCCCAGGUAAUUAAUGUUGUUGAAUGGGGGUAUAUUUGAGGGUAAAAUUAGUCGAAUUGAAGUUUCACAGAAACGACAUCAUGAUUUGUGAAUCCUGAUUAUCUUCGAUCCAAACCCACUAAUGAUGUAUUUCAUAAUCCAUGUCUGUUAAUGUUUUUUCUUCUAAAUAUCA